AUGUUCAAGUCUGCCCCGAGCCUCUGCUCCCGGGAUAAUAUAACCGUCACGGUGGAUAUCGCUUCACUCCUCGAGGGUUCCGACUCAAAGGAGUCCCCGGCGUCUCCUACAACGAAGCUCCAAUCUCCGCGCCCAGCCUCGACGCCGUUCGAGCAACCGCCCACCACGGCUGUCACGGUUGUUCCUCCGGUCGCUGCGGCGACGUAUGCUACUCCUCCACCUCCACCUCCACCUUCUCACCAAGCCAUAGCAGCUCACCCGUACCCACCACCGCCUCCGCCUGCCCCACUUGCGGCGAGGGCUAAACCUUCUACCGGUUCGCUUCCUCCGCUCAGUACUACGACGGCGAUGGCGGCGAAGCGCAGCCUCGGGCCGCACUCAGCCGAAUCUCCAGCGAAAAAGCAGAGCAAGUGGUCUGCGGAAGAGGACGCUCUCAUUAUCGAACUUCGUGGGAGUGGAAUGAAAUGGGAGGACAUCUCCAAGCGCCUCCCCGGUCGGAGCGCUAUUAGUUGCCGACUACACUACCAGAACUACCUCGAGAGGCGAAGUGAGUGGGACGAAGAACGAAAGAACAAACUUGCUAGGUUAUACGAAAGGUAA